ACCAAAUUAAACAGCAACCUGCGUCUGGCUUCCCUCUAAAUAAUGCGAAAUCGUCAUUGCACAAUGUUUAAUAACGUAGAGUUUAUAAGAUAACUAAGUCUAUCUAACUCUUUUUAAGGAUGAUUUGACUGAGGAAGGGUAAUACCGGCGUUACGACCCUAAACAGGCAUAUCGUGGACAGCGUCUAUGGCGCACUGGGCCACCGUCAAAUCUAGUCCAAGGACCAAAUAGGAGAUAUGUAUAUCAAUACCACCCCACAUGCUAUUGCUCGCCUGGGAACUAGAAACCUGCGAUUUCUACUUAGCUUCUCGGUUACUACUACUUUCCGGCAUAGGUGGUGUGGUAUAAUUCAAUACCAGGGGGUUCGAUGCCUCGCUACUCAGAUACUCCCGGAGACCAAAGGUUCAUUCAUCCCUUCGGCCGAGCAGCAAGCCAUCGUCGAGCUUUCUCGUCUUCAGAAUGUCGUCGUCUCUGCGAGACCUGGCGCAGGGAAGACAGCCACGGCUGAGGCUAUCGUUCGUGCAAACCCAGGCCUGGCUGUGGCAGUCGUCACUUAUUCCAAACGAUUGCAACUUGAGACGGCUCGUCGUCUAGAGGGCUAUGGGAUGUGUGAUGUAUAUACGUUUCAUGGAAUGGCUGGUAAACUCUUUAAGGAAGUGGUUUUCAACGACGUCAAGCUACGAGAUCUCCGAAGUAAGGGUAGGGCGCCUGUUUGGACCGGUAGACCCUACGAUAUCAUCAUUCUAGACGAGUUACAAGACUGCACUGAGAGCCUUUACUGGCUAGCAAGUACUUUCAUCUUAGCUGUAACGCACGCCUCUGGAGGUCGCGCCCCCCGAAUAGUGGCUCUUGGAGACGAAAAGCAGGCCAUAUACGAUUUCCGGGGGGCUGACCCUCGUUUUCUCAAUCUUUCACCGUCAAUCCUGUCUGAUCUUUCUCCUUAUAAAUGGACCCAUCUACCUCUUAGUAAGAGUUUUCGGCUCUCACAUGAAACGGCACGCUUCGUCAACGAAGUCUUUCUCGGUGGUGGGAAUCAUAUAACAGGCUCGCACGACGGACCAAAGCCCAUCUAUAUGCAUGAGAACCUUCUAUACGUCCGCAGAGUUGCUGAGAAGUUAGUUCCGUUGAUUGAGAAGUAUGGUGUGGAAAGGACAGCCAUCCUUGCUCCGUCCCUUCGUGCCAACGCCCCGCUUGCGUCUUUGACCAAUUACCUAUCCGAGGAUUACGGGAUGCCUGUCGCAGUUUCCGUAUCAGAUGAGGUUCAACUGAACGAUGAUGUUAUAGACAACAAAGUUUGCGCAUCUACCUACCAUCAAUUCAAGGGAAACGAACGAGAUCUCGUAAUUGUAUACGGGGCAGAUAACGCGUAUUUCAAAUUUAUCGGGCGGGACCUACCGGACGACAGAUGCCCGAAUGCUACCUACGUUGCUAUUACCCGUGCUCGUAAACAGCUCGUCAUCCUGCAUGACCAUGGAAACACGCCGAUGCCGUUUAUACAUCUUCCUAAACUCAAAAGGACAGCUACGAUAAUUUCGUCCGGGGAAAUGAAACCACAACCUCAACCCGGUCGUCCGUUGCAGCUUGGCUUGCUACUCCCUAAAAAUGUCUGGGUUUCGGAUAUGGCGAGGCAUGUCCGCGAAGAGCUGCUUCAGUCUAUCGUCAAUAGCCAUGUUGAUAUUGCAUACAUUUCGCCCCGCUUGCCGGAAUCCCAGCACAUUCAUGCCCCCGACAAAGUCCUCACGGAUCCAGCUAAGAUGAUGUAUGAGGCCGUGAGCGAUCUAAACGGGAUAGCCGUGGUCGCAGCAUACGAGUACGCCUUACGGCGGAAGCUCACAGGUCUCGGGUACAAGAAGAAAAAGACAGUUGAAAUUAAUAAUGAUGAGGCAGCCUGGUUCUGUGAAGCGGCAUGCAAGAGCGAUGCCGAAAUAACCGGAUACCAUUCGCGGCUAGUGCAAAUGGAAGGGCACAAGUUCGACUGGCUCAACACAUACCUCGACGCAGCGGUUCGCCGGCUCGGGGAACAGUUCGAAGGGGCCGGGGCGGCUGAGAGCCUCGAGUUCGAGAGUCGAAUGCGGGACAACAAAUUCGUGGUCCCAGACAGGGCGGGAAAGACCCAGCACACGAAACUGCUUGGGCGCGCGGACAUCGUCAUGUACGAAGCCAACAGCAAGGUGACCGACGCAGCGAUCUGGGAAAUCAAGUUCGUAGCGCGCCUGUCGCUCGAACACGUCGUUCAGGCAUGCGCGUACGCGUACCUCUGGGCCCUCAAGCGCGGGCUACCCGAGCUACCGCGCGUCGUCCUCUUCAACCUGCGCGACGGCGAGCGCUGGGAGAUCACCUCGCCUUCUGGCACUGCUGGGGUCAAAAAGCUGCUCCAGGACGUCCUGCGCGCUAAGUUCUCUACGGAGAAAAAGGUCUCGACUGAAGAGUUCCUCAGAAAUUGUCGCCGCGUGCGCGAUGAGGUCGCUGGGAUGUGGUGAUCGUGCGACCUCACUCUACUCUAACUGCAGCAUCUAAGCAUCGUUGGGCCUAGAAAUAGAUAAUAUCAUCGAGGGAUAGACGAACAUAAAGAAGAAAUGAUCAUUAUGUAAUCCUCCACAAUCUUACGUAAUCUCCAAUCAUGUUUUAUAAUCUUAUGUAAUUUGAUGUACAUAAGCGAUAGACAGUUGCUUACCUAAUGUAUUACCGAC